UUGUAUAUAGCUUUACAAGAGGCUGAUCCGGCCAAAAGAACAAGUCUACCUUAAAUAUUCUCAGGAGUCAACAAGUUUUAAUAUCUAUCCACAACUAAGUCAUAGAUAUACUUUAAACAAAGCAACUGUGCAAGAUAAUAAACUAAAACUUACUCAGCAUGCCUUUUGCCGUUAGCAUAAAAAUUCCUUUAAACUAUACCAUCAGAAAGGUUCCAAAGCUGAAAAAUUCCCCAUGAGCCGACUAACAAGGCUUCAACAAUUAAGUAUUUGCACUUGCUUAAAGAUGAAGGCCAGUUUUCUUGUUUUGGCUCCUCUAUAUAUACACACACUUCUUUUGGAAAAAAUCAAACACAGCUUUACCACAUUCUAAAUGUGGUGUAGUUUAUUCAAAUGGCUCCAACUUCUUUCUUCUACCUUAUUUUUGUGCUCAGCUUCUUUCUUGUCAUCGCAUCUGCCUCUCAAACUACCAAGUCUAGCAAUUUACAGAACUACAUCAUCCAAGUACGCCAACCAAAGGGCAGAGUCCUUUCCCAAUCAGAUGACUUGGAGAGUUGGUACAAAUCUUUUCUGCCAGUUAGAACUGCUGCAAGCUCAGACAACAAGCCUCAUAUUAUAUAUUCAUACCGAAAUGUAAUGAGUGGGUUCGCAGCAAGGCUGACACAUGAUCAAGUGAGAGCAAUCGAAAACAAAGAUGGUUUUGUAUCAGCACGCCCUCAAAAGAUAUUCAAGAAACUAACAACACACACACCCGACUUCUUGGGACUGCACCAGCAGACAGGAUUUUGGAGAGAGUCAAAUUUUGGGAAGGGAGUGAUCAUUGGAGUACUAGAUGGUGGAAUUUUUCCAGGCCAUCCUUCGUUUAGUGAUGCGGGAAUACCUCCCCCACCCGCUAAAUGGAAGGGGAGGUGUGAUUUCAACGUGUCUGAGUGCAGCAACAAAAUAAUAGGUGCGAGGUCAUUCAACUUGGCAGCCAAGGCAACAAAGGGAGGGGCAACUGAGCCACCACUUGAUGAGGACGGACAUGGGACACACACUGCAAGUACAGCAGCAGGAAGGUUUGUGAACUAUGCAAAUGUUCUAGGAAAUGCCAAAGGCACAUCAGUUGGCAUGGCUCCUUAUGCUCAUUUGGCAAUAUACAAAGUGUGCUUUGGAGAAGAUUGUCCCGACAUCGAUAUACUGGCUGGUCUUGACGCAGCAGUUGAGGAUGGUGUAGAUGUGCUCUCGAUCUCCCUUGGUAUAGAACCAACUACACUUUUCAACGACAGCAUUGCUAUAGGCUCAUUUGCGGCAAUCCAAAAAGGAAUAUUUGUAAGUUGCUCGGCUGGGAAUUCUGGCCCUUUUAACAGCACUUUAUCUAAUGAAGCCCCUUGGAUUCUCACAGUAGGAGCAAGCACCAUAGAUCGAAAAAUAGUAGCCACAACAAAACUAGGAAAUGGAGAAGCGUUUGAUGGUGAAACCAUCCACAGAGGAGACUUUCCUCCAACAUAUUCACCUCUUGUUUAUUCUGGCAUGAAUGGCAAAUCAGAGUCUGCAUUUUGUGCUGAAGGGUCAUUGAAAGAUAUCAAUGUCAAAGGUAAGGUGGUAGCCUGUGAGAGAGGAGGGGGAAUUGGAAGAAUUGCCAAGGGGGAAGAAGUCAAAAGCGCUGGAGGAGCUGCGAUGAUUCUCUUAAAUCAAGAAACCGAUGGUGUUAGUACAGAAGCAGAUGUUCAUGCUCUUCCAGCAGCACAUGUCAGCUUUAGCAAUGGACUAAAGAUUAAAGCCUACAUAAACUCAACGGCAACACCAACAGCAACACUAUUAUUUAAAGGAACUGUCAUUGGGGACUCAUACGCUCCUGUUGUUGCUUCUUUCUCAUCAAGAGGCCCUAGCCUGGCUAGUCCUGGAAUUUUGAAACCAGACAUCAUUGGACCAGGUGUCAGCAUUCUUGCAGCUUGGCCAUUCCGUCUUGACAAUGACACAAAUCCAAAUUCUGCUUUCAACAUAAUGUCCGGCACAUCAAUGUCAUGCCCACAUCUCAGUGGAAUAGCAGCUCUGCUCAAGAGCUCUCACCCUUACUGGUCACCAGCUGCCAUUAAAUCUGCUAUAAUGACUACUGCUGAUGUUGUAAAUCUAGAAGGCAAAGCCAUUCUUGAUGAAACACUUGCCCCUGCAGACAUCUUCGCCAUUGGUUCAGGCCAUGUCAAUCCAACAAGGGCAAAUGACCCAGGACUAGUCUACGAUCUUCAACCUGAUGAUUACAUUCCUUAUCUCUGUGGCCUAGGUUACAAAGAUGAAGAAGUAGGAAUUAUUGCACACAGACAAAUAAAUUGCUCAGAAGAAUCUCCUAUACCUGAAGGAGAGCUAAACUACCCUUCAUUUUCUGUCACACUAGGACCAUCUCAAGUGUUCACAAGGACGGUGACCAAUGUUGGUGAUGCAUAUUCAACUUACACAGUCAAGGUUGUUGCACCAGAUGGAGUCUAUGUGAGUGUUAAACCCAAAAAGCUUUACUUCACAAAAGUGAACCAAAAAGCACAAUAUGAAGUGUCUUUCAGCAACAUUGCUUCAAGUGGGAAAAGCAAUGCCUAUGGUCAAGGAUUUCUGGCAUGGGUUUCUGUCAAACACUAUGUUAGGAGUCCAAUCUCUGUUAAAUUUCAGUAAAAACGGAUGCACUGCAUGGUAGGCAAACAUAGAUUUGCACUGCCUCUAUUAAAAUCUCUAAGAAUUAUAUUCAUCAAGACGUGUACCAUCUAGGUUCAUAAUAUUCAUUUCUAUAAAGAGUGUGAGCAGUACGAGUAAUUUAACAGAAUGAAGAAGAAAAAAGGUUUAUUUUAUUUCCACUAGCAUCACCGAGAUGGAAGUUCGAAUAGACAGAAAGUAAAUAAAUAAAUAAUCUACAGAAACGAAACAUCUUACUAGUUACUACUUCUUUCCUACUCAAAUGAAAGAUAUAGACGUCUCAAUAUCACAAGAAAUUUCUAGAGUACUACAGAACGUAGCUACUUAGUCAGGCACAAAACUAGCAAUUACAAACAAGCAUCUCUAAACCCAAUUUAUGCACCAAAAAUUGGUAAAACCUAAGAAAAACAGGUUUCUCGCUUUUCUCCCUCAUAAGAGAAAAAAAAUCUUAAGUCUUCCAAGGAUCUAGUACUUCUGGCAAAUGACAGUAGGGGCAGCAUGAAUUUUGUCCCCAACUCAUAUUGAACUAUUGAUUCAGUUUUUCCUGCCUUCAAUCAUAAUUCCAUAUAGCAGUGAGAAACUAACUUCAUAGAGGAUGACAAACUGAGCAACAUGCUAGUCCAUCAUCCAAAACCAGGAGGCACAUCGGGGUCCUCAUCAGUACAGCAAUCUGGUUUCUGGUAUUCCUUACCAACAGAUAAAGUGGGUGACUCACCAUGAUCAACAUGACCACGCUCAAGCUUCUCCUGUAAUAUAACAGGCCCUCCCAGCUGAUCAGCCACCUGUCUUUUUUCAUGGCGUAAAGACGGUUUCAGAUCCUUAAUUUUUCUCUUCAAAUGUUUAUGGGAGACUGAGAAUCCAGGUGGUUCGUGUGACUCAUUUUCAGACAACAUUGCUUUACUGGAUGGAACAAGUAUCAAAUCCUUAUCAUUAUCUUUCUUUUGAACUGGCAGUAUCUGAGAUGUUGAGGAUUCAACCUCCACUUUCACUUCUGGGUUCGUUAGUCUGUUGUAGACAGAUUGAACAGUCUCUUUAAU